AUGUCCUCCCAGAAGCAGUUCAACGUCGGCAUCGUAGGCUACGGCCUCUCCGCCAAAGUCUUCCACAUCCCCUUCAUAGCGCUCACCCCCACCCUCAACCUGCACUCCAUCCUCCAACGCACGCCCACCCCCACCAACUCCGCCCCCGCCGACCACCCCACCCUCAAACACGUCACCACGCUCGACGCGCUCCUCUCCGACCCCGCCCUCGACAUCGUGAUCCUGUGCACGCCGCCCAACACGCACUUCUCCUUCGCGCGCGCGGCCCUCGACGCCAGCAAGCACGUGCUCGUCGAGAAGCCCUUCGUGCCGAGCGCGCGCGAGGCCGACGAGCUGGCGGCGCUGGCGCGCGCGAGGGGCAGGGUGCUGUGCGUGUAUCAGAAUAGAAGGUGGGAUUCGGAUUUUUUGACCGUGCGGAGGCUGCUGGAGGAGGGCGUGCUGGGCCGGGUGGUUCUAGUUUCUAGACGCAUUUUUGAUCGGAUAGAGGAUUCAGCUCCCCGGCGGGCCGGGGGGUGGAAGGCGGGGAUGGGUAUGGUGGAGGGUGGGGGGGUGGUGUUUGAUUUGGGGACGCAUUUGCUGGAUCAGGUGUUUGUGUUGUUUGGGAUGCCGAGCGCGGUGUAUGGCCCGUUUGUGAGGUUCUGGGUUCGGGGGAGCAAGGGGAGCUAUCACAAGACGGGGUUGGAUCCGCAGGAGGGACAGCUCAGGGGUGGUGGGAAGGCGACGGAUGCCGGGUUUGGCAGGGAGACCGAGGCCGAGUUUGGGCGCCUCUCUGUCCUCGGGGAGGAUGGGGUGGUUGUGGACCGCGCCUACCCGACUGUUGAGCCGGAUACUUACCUCAAGUUUUAUGAGUUGUUUGCAAAGGCAGUGGAGAGCGGGAAGGAGGAGGAUGUGCCCGUACCGGCAACACAGGCAGCCCAAGUGCUUAGGAUCAUUGAGGCACUGAAGGAGAGUGCUAAAACCGGGAGGGAGGUUGCUCCCUGA